AUGAAAUACUUUCUUAUCGCCGUGGUAGGGUUAUUCUUGGGAUGGCUCUCCCUCGUGGAUAGGGAGCCCCCGUCGUGUCGCUGUCGGCCAUGGGAAUCCUGCUGGCCCUCCGAAGAGACAUGGCAGGAGUUCAACGCAUCGAUUGCCGGUAACCUCAUCCGCCUCAGGCCCAUAGGCGACGUGUGCCACGAACCUGCAUCCAACCAGAGUGCCUGCCGUGAGCUACGAGAUGUGUCGCGGAACAGUGGAUGGAGGGCGGCACAGCCAGGUGCAUUGCAGAACUGGAUUUGGGAGAGCGGCUCUAACCUCAAUGAGACCUGCCAUCUAACAGCACCUCCCGAGACCCCUUGUCACCAGGGCCUAAUCCCUUUCUAUUCAGCUGCCAUUGACUCGGCUGAACAGAUCCAAAGGACGGUCGUGUUUGCCAAAAAGCACAACCUCCGUCUGACUAUUCGCAACACCGGCCACGACGGUGCGGGGCAGUCCAGUGGCCCCGACUCGUUGCAGAUCCAUACUCACGGUCUACAAGACGUUCAAUACCAUGAAGACUUUCAACCAAAUGGAUCUACGGCACACCUAGGUCCUGCUGUAACUGUCGGGGCUGGGAUGCAGCUCGGGGACCUCAACAGACGAGGAUCACAAGAAGGGUACACGGUGGUGGGAGGCGAAUGUCCAACCGUGGGCGCUGCUGGUGGCUUCCUUCAGGGGGGAGGCGUGUCCAGUUUCCUGAGUCACAGUUGGGGACUCGCUGUAGAUAAUGUUCUGCAAUUUGAGGUAGUCACUUCCCAGGGAGAUCUGGUCCUUGCCAAUGCACACCAGAACCAAGACCUGUUCUGGGCCUUAAGAGGGGGUGGAGGUGGAAGCUUUGGCGUCGUCACUCGAGCAACCAUUCGCACAUAUCCUAACAUGCCGGUGGUGGUAGCUACCCUCACCAUCGCAGUAGACGCCCCAGGUGCAACAUUCUGGACCAAAGGGGUCACCACGCUCCUCACUGCAUUGCAGGAAUUCAACCGCGAAAGUGUUGCUGGACAGUUUAUGCUCAAGCGUCUGCCCGGUAGCGGAAUCGAGGCUAGUAUCACGAUGUAUUUCCUCAACGAAACUCGAACGGACCGUGUCGAGGAUCAUCUAAAUCUGGUAAAGACCACCCUUGGCAAAGAAGCCAUUCCAGCCACUUCCUCCUCACAAUUCCUCCCACGGCUCACCAUGGCUUUGCCAAUGAACCCUGACAUCUAUCCCGAGAACCAUGGGGUGGUGAUGGGGUCAGUGCUGGUUUCACAUCAGAUGUUUAAUUCGUCCGAGGGGCCUCAACAAAUGGCGGAGAAAUUCGCAAGUCUGCCGAUGGGUCCCCGGGAUCGACUGUUCACCAGCAACCUUGGAGGCCGCGUCAUGACCAACAAGGAUACAGCAAUGCAUCCUGCCUGGCGCUCUGCCGCACAUCUCAUUAAUUUUGUUCGAGUGGUUCAUCCAUCCAUAGAGGGCAAAUUGACGGCGUUAGAAGGCCUUACACAACACCAAAUGCCAAUUCUGUAUUCUCUGGAUCAGACCGUGAGAGCCUCCUAUAUCAAUGUGGCAGAUCCAAAUGAGAACGAGUCUGAUGUCUUCUGGGGAGGAAACUACAAGAGACUAUUGCAGAUCAAGCGGAGGUGGGAUGCGAAUGAUCUUUUUCUCACGAAACUGGGGGUGGGUCGCGAGGGUUGGGAGAUCGACGGCAUGUGUCGCAGACCGACUAAUCUCCUUCCUUAUCUGGGCCGUCAGCUCCGUGGUGGGGAGGAGACCAUUUAUGCCAACAUGCUCCUCAGGGCUCCGCAUGAUUCGUACCUCCAUCUUGUCAUGCGGGUUGUUAGGUUCUCCUUUGGACCCAAGCAGAAUCUGCCAUUGCAGGACCCCCCAUUUCGCGGUGCGCAGCUCCUUCUGGACCAAGUUGAAGUGGAAGUACUCUCCGUACCAGGUGAAGCUUAUGCGGCGAUCUCUUCCAUAGAUUCGCACCACACGAUAGUGUUGCACAUCUUCUUCGGCGGCCGCAAGCUGAGUCCGUACACUUGUGGGCAGGGGAUGGAUGGAGGCGACAUCGCCGCAAAGGUAGCGGAUUAG